AUGAAUUUUCUGAUGCUGCGAUCCAAUAAUCAAACUGGUUCUCAAGAGCAGCAGCACCCUGUUCAAGAUUCUCAUGUAGAACAAAUGUUGAAACGCACGAAUACUCUGGGGGGCCUUAUUGCAGAAGAUCCAUUUCAGGACAGUAGAACUUCUGAAACUCGCGAUGCAGAAAGUGACGAAUACGAGGACGAUAAUGGCAGCUUUCCAGGUUCAAGUGGAAAGAGUAACAUUCAAAUUCAUAGCCAUGUAGACGUUGCAGAAGACGAAGGAUGGAUAAUUAUUCCAUAUAAGGAAAUUCCUAAUAAGUGGAUUGAGUCACCGGAUAUACUUUCAUUUUGCUCUCUGGACCGCGGCUUUGUUUUUCCUGGUGAGCAAGUCCGUGUACUUGCUUGUUUGUCCACAGAUAAACAUGAUACUGAAAUUAUUACACCAUUUAAAGUUGCUGCGGUCAUGAAUAGAAGUGGUGUUGGUCAAAACACCAAAAAACAAAACGAGGAGCCUGAAAAUGAAACAAAUCCUGUUUCUCAAAUAGUGGAUAUGGGUGCUGACGAGAAUGUUAAUCAGAAUGGUGAAAAUAUGAUCAGAGAUGAUAAGCAGAAUGGUGAAAAUGUGAUCAUAGGGAAGAUGGAUUCACAAAAGAAUGUUUCGGUUGGUGAAUCUCUCCUUAGAAUGGAAGAUAACAAAAGAAAGACUGAAUCAUUGUUACAAAGGUUUAAUAACUCUCAUUUUUUCGCUCGGAUUGUGGAAUCUAAUGAACCACUAUGGUCAAAGAGACGAACUUCAGAAGACUCUGUCAAAUCUUUUGAAAUGUUUGAAAAAAAUCUGACAGAACAAUCUUCAGAAACUGUAAAUAUUUUGAAAAAGAAGAACCAUCUUAAUGCUGCUGCGAUUGAUAGAGGAGAAUUUGAUGCCCGAACAUCUGGAGGAUUGGCAAGGAAUGCUGUAAAGUGUUGCUCUCUUUCAAAUGGAGACCUAGUGGUGCUUUUACAGGUAAAUGUUGGUGUUGAGUCUGUGCAAGAUCCUGUCCUGGAAAUUCUUCAGCUUGAAAAAUGUCAGGAAAGAAAUUUAACCCUUGAUGACCAGAAAAAUCUUAACCUUCUAGAUCAGGAUCCUUACGGAGAGUUGUUAGAGUGGCUGCUUCCUUUGGAUAAUUCUAUUCCUCCUCCAGCACGCCCUUCAUUACCUCCUAAAUUGAGUUCCAGUUCCAGUAUUCGGAGCACAUCAACGAAACCGACUGUAACCGGGUCAUCCGGUUCUCAAAUUUUCUCUUUCGGUCACUUCAGAAGUUAUUCAAUGUCCUCACUUCCACCAAACACAACACCACCUCCAGCCGCUACAACUCCAAGUGCUAAACCAAGCUUUGACCCUGAAGAUUGGAACCAAUUUUCAUUUCGAAAUUUAGUGAAAAGUAGGAAAACUGGAAAUGACAGGCUCUUAUCUUUUCGGGGCGUGCCAUUGGAAUCAGAAAGAUUCUCCAUCCAAUGUGGUUUGGAAGGAAUAUUUACACCUGGAAGAAGAUGGAGAAGGAAAAUUGAGAUAAUUGAACCUGUAGAAAUUUGUUCUUUCUCUGCUGAUUACAACACAGAUGACCUUCUAUGUGUCCAGAUAAAGAAUGUUUCCCCUGAACAUGCACCGGAUAUUGUGGUUUUUAUAGAUGCGAUUGCAAUAAUUCUUGAAGAGGCUUUAAAGGAUGGAACACCAUUAUCAUUACCAAUUGCAUGCAUUGAAGCUGGGGAUGAACACUGUUUGCCGAAUUUAGCCCUCAGGAGAGGAGAAGAACAUUCUUUUAUUCUCAAACCAGCAACAUCAUUCUGGAAGCAUCCCAAGGGUCUCAGUAAUAAAAAUUUACUACCAUCGUAUUCAUCAGCUGAAAAUGGGGCAUCAAGUUUGCUUUAUUCCUCCUGCAUUGAAGGGAAAGAAAGUGGAUCCCCUCCUGAUCACUAUGCAGUUCUUGUAUCAUGUCGAUGCAAUUAUACUGAAUCAAAAUUGUUUUUCAAGCAGCCAACAAGCUGGCGCCCUCGUUUUUCAAGAGAUCUUAUGAUUUCUGUCACAUCUGAAAUGUCUAGACAAGCUUUUGGGUCGGACAUAACUCAGCUUCCAGUUCAGGUCUUGACUCUUCAAGCAUCAAAUAUGACAUCCGAAGAUCUAACAUUUACAGUUCUUGCCCCAUCAUCAUAUCCUUCUCCUCCUCCUGCAGUCUCUUUGAGCAAUUCACCAUCAUCACCCUUGAGUUCAUUUGUUGUUCCUUCAAACUUAGCAGAGAGAGUGAGUAAUGAUGAGCAAGAGGCUUCUGAACAGAGGCUAAUCUCAGUAUCAAAUAAUCACGGACAGGAAGUGAAAGGUAGUUUUCCAUCAGCUUCUUUUAGUGAGCAACCUGUCCCUAUAGCUGAUGUCCUUCCGACUGCUGAUCUUGGUUGUACGCAUUUAUGGUUGCAGAGUAGAGUUCCUCUUGGAUGUGUUCCAUCUCAAUCUACAGCAGCUAUCAAGCUUGAAGUACUCCCAUUGACGGAUGGCAUAAUUUCUCUUGAUUCUUUACAGAUUUAUGUAAAGGAGAGAGGUCUUACUUAUAUACCAGAGCAUUUGCUGAAGAUAAAUGCAACUUCGAGUAUCACCACUGGGUCAGUAAGAGAACUUAGGUCUACUCUACAGGUCGAGCACAUGGUUCUCAUUUUUCGUUUGUUGGCUGCACUCAUAUUUGAGUCUUUUGUUGGGAUUCCAAUAUCCUUUCCAAGAACGGACGUUUCUGGGGUGGUGGCGUCAGAGCCAAGGGGUAAAGUUUCAUUCUUUGAAUGUCAGCAUGUGAUCUGCAAUCUCUGA